AUGUUUCAUGAAUUGAUUAUAUUAUCCCUGCUAUGUCUGGUGGCAGCAAGACGUGCAGAACAAUUCAAUGAAUCCCUGAAUGUUAAGCUUCCAAUAUUCACGGUUCAAGGCGCCGUAUCCGAUAAUUCCUCGUCGGUCCGCGUUUUUCGUGGUAUCCCUUAUGCUGAGCCUCCUCUCGGAGACCUUCGUUUCCGACCUCCUGUUACCAAGAAACCCGUAUCCGGUAUCAUUGAUGCGACAAAGUACAAAAAUAUAUGUCCUAUCUGGAACCAGGGAGGCCCGAGUGUCUAUAGCGAGUACAUUACUGGCGAUCAACCCUAUUCAUACUUGGAGCAAGGGGAAGAUUGCCUUCAUGUUAAUAUAUGGACUCCUAUCAAUGCAACAUAUCACAGCAACUUGACAGUCAUGAUCUGGAUUCAUGGCGGCGGAAAUACUGGUGGUAACGCCGCUCAACCAUUCAAAGAAGGCACUUUCAUUGCUCAGAACCAAAAUGUCAUUGUAGUCUCUCUAGACUACCGAUUGAACAUUUUUGGCUAUCCUGGCUAUGUACCCGCAUUCGGAGGUAGCAAUCUGAAUCCUGGCCAGCUUGACAUUCGAAAAGCCGUCGAAUGGACCUAUACAUAUAUCAGAUUUUUUGGAGGAAAUCCAGAGAGUAUGGUUCUCUUUGGGCAAUCUGCCGGUGGAGCGAACGUUGAUUACUAUAGUUACGCCUGGUCGACUGAUCCCCUUGUAAAAGGGUUUAUAUCAGAAAGCGGCGUCGCAGGAUCAUUUGGGAAUUUCGACCUGCCUGGUAACAACUGGACGUAUGUGGUCGAUCACUUUAACUGCACUGGCAACCAAGACCAACAGCUUAAGUGUUUGCAAGAAGUCCCGUGGAAGGACUUAAUUGACCUCUCCUACUCUUACAAUACCACAUUGAAUGAUGGCAAAAAACUGAGUUUUGGCCCCCAGCCGGAUAACCAAACAAUUUUCAGCGAUUACAAUGAUCUCAGGCGGCGGGGACAGUAUGCAAAGGGUGGCUAUCUAACUGGUAACAACGCAAAUGAGGGCGAAAGUCUCAUCACGCCAUUUUCUGAAACAAGUGGACCGAAUCAGACCUUGGUUUAUGUUCAAUCCGAUCUACUUUUCAAUUGCGCAAGCAAUUCAUCAGCAACUGAGCGCUCGGACAAUGAAACUCCGCAAUGGAGAUACUAUUACCGUGGGAUUAACCUCGAAAAUGUUGCGCAUGAGUCUUGGCUGACCUUUGUCUCAGGUGAAAUUCCUCUGAUUUGGGGCACCGCCGAAACCUGGGGAGGUAACAAGCUCGGUGGUCCUAAUACACCCGAAGAGGCCGCUUUUAGCCGGUACAUUCAGAAGGCAUGGGCAACCUUUGCUAAAGAUCCCAUCAAUGGUCUUUCCAGUUUAGGCUGGCCAACGUACAACAUAAACGAGAAUACAUUGAUCCAGCUAGCGUAUAAUGGCUCAACAAUCCCACAAUUCGUGAACCCUGUGGUGGCUGAUGAGAACUGCACUUUGCCAGGACACUCGGCCUAG